AAACACUAAAAUUCUAACCUUCUCUGAAACAAAGUCUUCCCAAAUAUUCCCUUAUUCGAUUCGCAUUCAAAUGCUUGUUUAUGAUUGUGUGUCACAGCAAAUGCUCCUGUUACAAGGGCUUUCAUCAUCGCUUCAGCGCUUUUCUCAAUCUUCUUUGGGAUCCAAGAUCGUUUCAACACUUUGGGCUUGUCGUAUCAGAAGAGCAAAUGCAGAUGACAAACAUCCACACUUUGGAAAGCGAUUUCAAUUCAGUGAAAUCUGAAAUUGCGCAAGUGGUUGGAGAUACGGAGAAGAUGAAUAAGUCUAAGGUUGAGAUAUGCUCGACGAUACUGGAAAACCAGAAAAAGCUUGCUGCCUUGGAGUCUGAUUCAUCCAGACUUACGCAGGGAAUGUAUAAAGUGAUCUAUGCUGCUAAUACACCGAAAGAGUUUUCCUGUUGGGUUGAUAUGAAAAAGAUCUUACCAAAGGAUAUAGAUUGGGAAGGGUUUCAACUUAAACCAAGUACUGUCGAACAAAGUGAACAAGACAGCGACGAUGAUAAUGCAGAAAACGUGAAGAAUUCUGUAAAGAAGAUUACAGUGUGUACUCAAACUCAAAUGAGAUCACCAGUAAAGCCCAAAAGUAAAAGUAAAUCAAAAACUUCAAGAGUGAAAAAAAAAAUGAUUGUGAAAAUUGAAAUGAUCUGAAGAGUGGUGCAGUGUUACCUUAAAUAGAUGAAAAUGAGGUCUGACACUCUUCUUGACUAUGCCGUGUUGCAAUUGUUUCCGAAGCGUUCAAGAUGUGAGUUGCUUGUUUCGAGUGAUGGAAUCACGGAAAAAUUAGCAUCAAGAUUAGUAAAGCCAUACUUGAACAAUUUAAAGGUUGCAGAAGAGCAGUUUGCACUGUCUGUGCAGUCAAUUAGAUUAGAUAUUGAUAGACAGACAUUUCUAUCCAUUUGCUCCAGGUGGGGAGGGAACAAGAGUCAUCACAGCGACAAACACAACAACGUAAUAAUUCUAUCCAUUUUCAUUGUAUCUAGGUGCACUCCAUCUUGCAAUGCAUGUUUUCUUUUUCUAUAGUAUAUAUAACCUCUACUGUGAUUAGAGAUAAGAAGCUUUGUAGCUAUAUAUCUAGAGAUAAGAGACUCACCUUUUGUUCUCAGAAUGAUGAGAGGGCUGAAAGAGAGACAUAGAACUCAGAGUAUUGUGCUUCUUUCAUAUCUAUUAUUUCCUGUGUACUAAUAUGUGAUACUGAUGGUGCUACUUUGCAGCUUAUGUUUAUCUUUCUUGUUUUGCCAUGCCUGCUAUUGGGUUAUUUAACACAAUUAACUUAUACACCCCUUAAAUUUAACACAAUUAAACAUGACAUGAUAUAACUCCGAACACCUACAGUGGCUUAACAACUGCCGUGGGUCAGAAAAAUUAGGCUGUUUCUGGAAGAAAUACUACAAAAGAGGUUUGUGAAAAGUGAACGUGCUUUAGUUCCACAAUGGUUGAGAAGUAAUGGAAGUGUUACUAGUUCAGCCCACCAUUUUGCAUCUUCAUCUAAUCACACUG